AGAUGCAGGAUUUGGUACACCACAAUUCGACCUCUCUCUAAUCACCACCAAGGCUUUUGAUCUCUCUCCUCUUAAACCUGCAAUUCAGCUCCGUCUGGAUCGUUAGGGUUUUCCAUUUUUCCUCGCAUCGAUUUUCCGAAGGGGAUUUCUGGUCUCGAUCCGAUCGUCCCCUUUCUCUCUCUCUAUCGGCGAUUCCAUUUCAGAUCGGCCAGGGACAGAUCGGGAAACAAAAUGUACGGCUUCGAAGCGAUGACCUUCAACAUUCACGGCGGCUACUUGGAGGCCAUCGUCCGGGGACACCGCUCCGGUCUACUCACCGCCGCGGAUUACAACAAUCUCUGCCAGUGCGAGACCCUCGACGACAUUAAGAUGCACCUCUCUGCCACCGAGUACGGCCCCUACCUCCAAAACGAACCAUCCCCAUUGCAUACAACUACCAUUGUGGAAAAGUGUACUCUUAAGUUGGUUGAUGAGUACAAGCACAUGCUAUGCCAAGCCACGGAGCCCUUGUCAACUUUUUUGGAGUAUAUCACAUAUGGUCACAUGAUAGACAAUGUUGUCCUGAUCGUUACUGGAACUUUGCAUGAGAGAGAUGUUCAGGAACUAUUGGAAAAAUGCCACCCUUUGGGCAUGUUUGACAGCAUUGCUACCCUGGCAGUUGCACAGAAUAUGCGGGAGCUAUACAGACUGGUGCUUGUCGACACACCUCUUGCUCCUUACUUUUCUGAGUGCAUCACAUCUGAGGAUCUGGAUGACAUGAACAUUGAAAUCAUGAGGAAUACUCUGUACAAGGCAUACCUUGAAGACUUUUACAGGUUUUGUCAGAAACUAGGUGGUGCUACUGGAGAGAUCAUGUCUGACUUGCUUGCUUUUGAGGCUGACAGAAGGGCUGUCAAUAUAACCAUAAACAGCAUUGGAACCGAGCUUACUCGAGAUGAUCGCAAGAAAUUAUAUUCUAGCUUUGGUUUACUUUAUCCCUAUGGCCAUGAGGAGCUUGCUAUCUGUGAGGACAUUGAUCAGGUCCGUGGUGUCAUGGAAAAGUAUCCCCCUUAUCAGUCUAUAUUUUCAAAACUAUCCUAUGGAGAGAGCCAGAUGCUUGACAAGGCAUUUUAUGAAGAGGAGGUGAAAAGGCUUUGUUUAGCAUUUGAGCAACAGUUUCAUUAUGGAGUUUUCUUUGCGUACAUGAGGUUGAGGGAGCAGGAGAUCAGAAAUCUGAUGUGGAUAUCCGAGUGUGUGGCUCAGAACCAGAAGUCCAGAGUUCAUGACAGCGUGGUCUUCAUCUUUUAGUUGCACCUAAACUCAAACUCAGAACAGUUCAGUAGUGAUUAUUAUUUGAUAUUUCUGCAUACUCUUCUGUAAAUCUCUUCCCUAUCUUCCCUCCACCCCCUAUCUUGCCCUCAUAAUGAAUCGUGGAGAUGGGUGCGCAGUUGCAUUGUUUGCCUCUCUUGUUCCAAAUAAGUCACAUUUGAAUGUAUUCCAAUUAUUCUUUUUCUGAG